CCCGGCUGGUAAUGGGUUAAGCUACACUGGCUGCCACACCAUUAGACUGUGCUAUGGCGAUGAAGCCUUCGUUUCGUGUCGGGAACGUCAUGUGUUAAAGUGGCGGAGGAAUUAGGUGGGGCAAGGGGGGUCCAAAGCGAUGGUAGUAGUACACCAUUGGUCAAGGGAUUAUCCAGUAGACACACAGAGUGCCACACUGUUGUGAGGCGAAGCAGCUGUGGGAAAACAGAAACAACCGCACAGCAUUUUAAACAAGGAUCCGUUUAUCACGUAAUAAAAUGUCAUAGGGAGCGAGAUCAAACGCGGCGUGCUCGCUCAAAAAGGGAGAGAGAGUGAAAGGUCUUGUCACCUUCAGCGGGCGGCGAAGUGAACGCACUGCCGACGUGUGCAGUUCUGCGCGCAUUCUCACCACGAAGUAUUCUUGCCUUGGAGUUCUCCCGAUCGGAAAGAGAAUCAUCUGAAUCGAUAAUGCACAAGCAUAGAAACAAAGCAGCUCCCGGGAGCAUAUUAGUUUCGUCUGCUGAGUGCCAGCAGGUGAGAACGCCGGAAGCAACCCUAAAAAAGCAGUGGCUCACUGCGCGGGUACCUCUGGCGGCGAUAUAUUCCUGCGUGGACACUGUUUCGUUGAUUCGCUCCAAGCAGAUCUUGCAACUAUGCAAGGUUUACUAGAAGUGUGGAAAGAGAAGGAAGGAGCGUUCAAAUGUUGUCAUAGCAUGGGCGGGACGCCGCCAUAUCCGGUCGCUGUGCUGCUUGUCAACAGCGUAGUCGUUCGUCCAAGCUUGGGUCAGCGUGCUGCAUCUCAGUGACGGAGGGUUUUCCCGAUGUAUGCCUCGUUCUGGAAAUCACACCUUUUUCAGUUGCCGUGAGAUGCUGUGUGACAUCUUCAAGAAGGGAUGGCAACGCAGCAGCACGUGUUUCACACCGGCUGUCCGGCCUGCCCGUGCUGCAAUCGCUCGUGGGAUGAGUUGCCCGAUUUCCAUCCCGAUGCGUAUGUGUCCUUAGCGAAAGGAGAGUCGUGUGAAGACAAGCUUCUUCGUGUUUCCGGUAUUGUUACUGGAGCCAGGAAGCUCAGUUCUCGCCUGUUGUUUGUGGAUGUGUCCUGGCCGCUAGGCACUGGGUCAGAUGACCACGAUGGACGGGGCGAAGCUGCCAAAGGUUGCGCUCAGCCGGAAGCGAUGGGCAGUGCAUCGUUGAGCACUGUCACUAGUGGUAAUGAAAAGUGUGAAAAUGAGGUGUGUGUAAGCUCACCAGUUUGCGAAUUGCCAAAGGGAGAAGUAACGAAGGAGACGGACCGGCCGGGGCACAGCCUGUGCUGCACGGAUAGUGCGCGGCCGCAGGUGAUCUCCCUUUCACCCGAUGAGGGAAAACUCGACAUUCAUGCUACGGGCCACCGUCAAAAUGAACACCUCCGCGAAUCUAGACCGACUUCGAAAAAUCAAGCGGACACAUGUGGAGGAUGUAAGGCGCAGCUGUUGUUCGACUUCGCAGCGUUUGCUGGAAUUUGCAAGAAAUGCUUCUCGCGUAGAACUGGCUUUGAGAAUGGGCCGAGACGCGUUCCGUCGGUUGAACUCAGUUCCGCGCAGACCCAACCAACGGACAACCCACAGGCGUCCUCCUCCACACACGGCCUGGAUCUUUCAGACGAUGUCCGAAAAGCAUCGGAAGGAAACACUUGUCAACCACCCGCAGCGAUUUUCAGGAGCCUCUGUGCUCUGUUGCUCCACUCAGGUUGCCAUCUGUGCGUGGCAGGCAACCCCACGAGGACUAAUAGCGGCCAGCUGUCGCUCUUUGUGACGGUCGUCACGUUUGUCAAGGCGCCGCCUACUUUCGACGCGCUUAACAGACUGUGCAACAGUGUCCUGGAGGGCACCUUGCCGCCAGAGGCUUUGGCCGCCUCGACAAGAGUUGACAGUCAACCCCCCGACUGUUCCGACAACACGCCGGAGAAGUCCCUAGUACAACAACUGCUGCAGGCUACGCCGCGGGAAAGGAAAAUUAUGCUUAAGAGGCUUUGCCGGCGUUUGACAGAUCGGCCAGUAGAGCGAAUGCGACCUCCGACUUUUGGCAACGAAGACCUCGCCACCCUGAAUCUCACGAAAGCGAUUAGGACGAAGUGGCCGGUCACUGACCACUUCGACGCUUGCCGUGGUUUGGCAGACGCCACAGAUUUGGCCACACGCAAGAAAAAAGCAAAACCCAGAGCGUCGUCUGCCAAGGAAACAACCGACCUCGAAGAGUAUAUGACUCACAAGAAAGGUCCGCAAGUUCGAUGGAUGCUACAACAGAUCAGGCAUAUCAUCGAGAUUCAGCUCACGCAGCAUGUCUCGACGCCAGGCUCGCCGAGACUCGGAAGCAAGGAGAAAGAAAUCAGAUAUAGGUGUCUCGAUGUUGGAGGCGGAAGGGGAGACCUCGGAUUCGCCUUAGCUACUUAUUUCCCCCAGUUUCAUGUAACGGUUCUCGACAUUAAUGCCACGUCGCUCGCUGCCGCUCGUCAGCGUGCAGUAGAUGCAGGAAUUUCGAACAUGGAAUUCAUCUGUGAGGACUUCAGCCGCUAUGAACUCAGCUCGGACACGAUUCUGAUUGUGGGGUUGCACUCGUGCGGAGGUCUUGCUGACUGCAUUCUGUCGCGCGCUGUAGCGCUAGGAGUAAGCUUUCUUGUCAGCACAUGCUGUUUUUGCAAGCAUCCUCAUCUCCGAACGGAGUACUUGGUGAAACAACUGCACGACCUCCUAGAUGCACGGACACCAAAAGCGGUCGAAAGUGAGGAAAGACCUGAUCUCGAGAGCGGAGAGCACCCCAACCCGGAACAGUCCACCACUAUAACCGACCAUCCUUUUACAGCGCUAAGCUCUUCAGAGCUGAAGCCCAGGAGUGCAGCAGAGACGCAGCUGCAGCAGUUGAUGGUUAUUGAGAGUCAUCUUCCCCGUCUAUGCAGGCUGGCAGAGAGCAGCGACAGGACAGUCAGCCUCGCAGCCAUGCACACUGUGAACGCCUGGCGACUGGCCUGCGUGGACGAGAUCAGCAGACAGCGAAUGCGAUCGGACCUGAACGGGUGCGAGUUGCCACAGAGAGGUCCCUUGUACAGACAACUUUGCAUAAAGGCAUUUUCGCAAGAGUAUUCCCCGAAGAACCUUGUCCUUGUCGGUAUCGUGACGUCUCCUGUGAACUGAACUGGGCACCGCCAAGGUUAAUGAACUCAUCCAGUGUGCACAAUAAGAGGUGAACGGAAAUAAUUUUCCCAGUAUCUCCUCUAACGUGGCUUGGGAAAAAAUGCAACUGCCAGCAGGUACUACGUCUUCUAGGUUAGUGACCAAGGGUUGUAGGUCGGGUCCGUUGCAGGUUACUGUGUCCGUCCACAUACGGGGGAAAACCCGGAACAAAUUCAAUUCUUUAUUCGGGAGACUGCGUUUGGUACGGAAAACUAUUUUUGCUCCACGACCACGGCUGAUCGGAUUGGAACACUGUGGCCCA